AUGAAUUUUGAAGAUUAUUAAUAUCUCUUCAAAUUUGUAUUGAUUGGAGAUACAGGUUCAUUUAUUUAUAAUUCUUAGGUGUUGGUAAAUCAUGUUUCUUAUCUUAAUAUGUUAAAGGAAAAUUCAUUUAGGAAUAUGAUCCUACAAUUGGAUUAGAGUUUGAAAGUAAAUCAAUUGAAUUUAAUGAUGGUAUUGUUGUUUAAAAUUAAUUAUGGGACACAGUAACUAUAAUUAUUUUAAUUAGUCUGGAAGCUCUUAAUUUAUGGCAAUUUAGAAAACAUUUUGUUAAAAGUAAUCAAUUAUCUUUAUAUCCUUAAUUUUAGUGCUGCUGCUGCUAUAAUAUUCUAUAAAAUAGAUAGUCAAAACUCAUUUAAAUCAUUAGAAAAUUGGAUUAAUAUCCUUAAAUAAGUCUCAUCUGACAUGAUUCAAAUUGUUAUUGUUGCUACACAUUAGGAUCAAGAAAAUCAAAGGUCAUUUUAUUCUUGAAUUUAGACAAGUACAAACUCAAUAAGGAAGAAAUCUUGCAGAUUCUAUUGAUGCCAAAUUUUAUGAAAUAUCCAAUCAUGACAAAGAUUAAAUUGAUGGAAUUAUUAAUUCUCUAUCUUAUAAUGUAUUACGAUUAAUCAAUUCCAAUAAAAUCAAUCCAUUAAACACAGUAUUUCUAUGUAUUAUAAUAGCAAUAUGGAGUUAAAAUGAGUAGAUAAUAAGAAUAAUAAUAUGCAUCUUAAUUAGAUAAUACUGAUGAUAAUAUUGUUUAACAAUAGUCCUCUCCAAAUAGGAGAAGUCUAGAUAUGAAAUAAGAAUAAAAUACGAUCUCCCCCAACAAAACAACAGCUUCUCCAUAAAGACCAGAAUAAGAAGAAACAGAAUAAAAUUAAUAAUAAAAUAAGCCACAAUUGCAAUUAAUAUUUAUUCUGCUACCAAUAAUAAUUGCAUAUGGAUUAUAUUAUAUAUUAUUAUGA